GCCCCUGGAUCAAUAUCGUUCGGCGGACCACACGCCGUACACGCGCACCGUUUCAACACAAAUUUUUAUCGGAAACGCCGAUGUAUUUAUAAAAAAUAUAUAUCUUAGCAAUUAAUCAGUUUUGGAUCGUAGUCCGAUAUGUUAUUCAACGCGUUUCUGCAAUUAAACAUUUAGUUUAAUAGCAGUACUCGGGUAUGUUUAAACUUACGGACUAGGACGACGUUUCACUUUCGAAACUUAAUAUUUUGUUACACAUUUGACAUUAAGUAAUCGAUUAUAUACGAUCAUGGAGAAUAUACCUGGUCUGCAACGGCGUAUAAUAAUUAGGCCGCAAAAAAUAUCGGCAGUGUCGAUCAACGUUCGCUAAAAACAUUUAUCAAAAGCGCACAUCAUAAAAACAACAGUUUGCCGGAAAUCAGCCAAAUCCGGAAUUAGUGUUCUAUUCAAUAUACCCGUACAAGAUGGCUCAUUAUAAACAUAAAGUAUUCGAAGAGGAAACAUCAAGUAUGGGAUCAGUACAUUUAACUGAAGGAGUCACGGCGUCUUCCACUCAUAUACGUUUUUAUACAGGAAAGCCUAGAAGUAUUUGGUCUAGAUGGAAAAGUAGAUCGUUAAUGGAAAAAAUUCUUCUUGCAAUAUGCACUUUUUACACUUUAUUAUUACUUUUAAUAUUUUUUUUUGAAGUGGGUUCAAAACAAAAUUGUAAUACAAAUAUACAUCCUAUAAAUACUUACGAAGAAUCUGUUUCUGUUAGUUCUGGUCAAGAAUAUUGUUUGAGCGAGACAUGCGUUACUACAGCAGCAGCUAUUGUCAAAGGAAUGGACACUAAGUCCGAUCCCUGUCAAGAUUUUUACAAGUAUGCCUGUGGCUCAUGGAUCAAAGCAAAUCCAGUACCAGAUGGUCGGUCAAUGUGGGGCAUGUUUAAUGAAUUAGAAAUGAAUAAUCAGCUGAUUGUUAAAAAUGCACUUGAAGCAAUACCAGCAAACUCCAAUAGUAAAGCAGAACUUAAAGCUAAGAUGUACUUCACGGCUUGCAUGGAUACUAACAACACAAUUGAAGCAUUAGGUGCGAAACCAUUAUUAAAUUUACUCGAUGAAAUUGGUGGAUGGAAUAUUUCUGGAUCAUGGAAUGUAUCAAAUUGGAAACUACAAAAAACUUUAGAAACCGUUCAUAAUCGAUAUAAUAUGGCUGGAUUGUUUUAUUGGAUAGUGGGAGAAGAUGAUAGAAAUUCAAGUAGACAUAUCAUACAGAUUGACGAAGGAGGAUUGACUUUACCGGCGAGAGACUUUUACCUAAACAAGACAGCAAAUCAGAAACUAUUAGAUACCUACUUAGAUUACAUGACAACGAUAGGAACAUUAUUGGGUGGAGAGCCUAAUGCAACCAGAACGCAAAUGAAGAAAGUUAUAGAAUUUGAAAUGCGGUUGGCUGAGUUUACUGAGCCUGACGAAGAAAAGAGGGAUGAAGAAAAGUCUUACCAUGUUAUUUCCAUAAAUGAUCUUCAAAAUUUGGCUCCAUUUAUUCAAUGGAAUCGUUAUUUUAAUUCAGCAUUCCGUUUGGUUAACCGAAAAAUUACUAGUAAAGAAAACGUCGUGGUAUACUCACCAACAUUUAUGGCAAAUGUGUCAAAACUUAUUGACGAGUACAGUAAAAGUCCUGAGAAUAAAACAGUAAUUAAUAAUUACUUGAUCUGGCAAACCGUAAGAACAGUUACACCAUACUUAUCCAAAGUAUUUCGAGAUGCAUACAAAGGUUUGCGAAAAGCACUAUUAGGUUCAGAAGGAGGCGAAGAACCUUGGAGAUACUGUAUAAGUGAUACAAACAAUGUCUUAGGUUUUGCAUUAGGUGCUUUAUAUGUACGUGAUGUUUUUCAUGGACAUUCAAAAAAAUUGGCAGAAGAAAUGAUAAAUGAAAUUAGAACAUCAUUCAAGGAAAAUUUUAAAAAUUUAAAAUGGAUGGACAAAGAAACAUUGAUAGAGGCCGAAAAAAAAGCGGAUGCAAUAACUGAUAUGAUUGGUUUUCCAGAUUAUAUAAUGGAUUCGGAUCAAUUAGACGAAAAGUAUAAAAAUUUAACUGUUCGUUCUGACGAAUAUUUUAUGAAUAACAUACGAGCUACACAAUUCAACUUAGAACAAUACUUGUACAAACUGGAUCAACCAGUCAAUCGAACAAGAUGGAGCAUGACUCCUCCAACCGUAAAUGCAUAUUACACGCCGACUAAAAAUCAAAUAGUAUUUCCUGCUGGUAUUUUACAAGCACCCUUUUUCGACCAAAUGCAGCAGCCCUCUAUUAAUUUUGGAGCUAUGGGAGUUGUCAUGGGACAUGAGUUAACUCACGCGUUUGAUGAUCAAGGACGAGAGUUUGAUCGUUUUGGUAAUCUCCAUCAGUGGUGGAAUAAUAAUACGGUUGACAAAUUUAAACAAGCAACAGAUUGCAUGAUCAAACAAUAUUCUAAUUAUAAAAUCAAUGGAAUCAACAUCAAUGGCAAACGAACAUUAGGUGAAAAUAUUGCAGAUAAUGGCGGAUUAAAGGCAGCGUAUCGCGCGUAUGAAAAACGUCUGGAAGAAGGAAGAGCUCAUUCAUAUAGGUUACCAGCAGUCCAUCUUACUACUCAGCAACUAUUUUUUGUCAGUUUUGCACAGGUUUGGUGCUCGUCGAGUACAGAUGAAUCCAUGAAAUUGCAAAUUGAAAAAGAUUUACAUUCCCCGUCCCAGUAUAGAGUAAAUGGACCUUUAAGUAAUCUUGAAGAAUUUUCAAAAGUAUUCAACUGUGAAAUAGGUACUCCCAUGAAUCCAGAAGAAAAAUGUAUAAUUUGGUAAAAACUCCGGAACACUCAAUUAUGUUGUAAACAUGUUAAAAAAUCGACACAACAUGUAAAAUAAACGUUUGUUUCAACUAUAUAAUUACUAAAAAUUCAAAUUUUAUACAGGCAAUCAACUUAAUUUAAUUUAUUAUUUUUUAGUACUAUACUUAACUUAAUUUGAAAAACUAAACUGACUUAUUUAUAUAAUUGUUUAUACAAGAGUUGUAAAUUAAAAAUGAUUUUUGUGCCAAAUAUUUUACUAAUAUACAUUUUUUUAAAAGGAUAUGUAAUGUUUAGCUAUAAAACUUUUUUGUUAGCUAAGAUAAAUAUUUAAAAUCAUUUUUAAUAAAUGUAAAGUAAAACUUGGUGCUAAAAAUAACAAUUCAUGUACUGAAAAGUUUUGUUUUUUAAUUUCUACUGCUAAUGUAAAACUUCCUAACCGAAUAAAUUGAAUAAUCAAAAGUUGUUAAGUCCUAUAUAUUAUAAUAAAACUGUAAUCUUAACUAUUAAAAUAUGUGUUUCUCUCCGACUUUUGAUUUUUUUAACUAAAUUUACGCUUGUUUAUACAUUGAUGUUCUUUUUAUACUAGUCUAAUUUUUUAUUUUAUUUUGUUAUUGUUUUAAUUAUUUUUUAUGGAUGAUGUAUUAUUUUUUUCAAAUAAAUAUGAUAUUUAUUACCUCAA